UCUACUAACCUAUUAUGGACCGUACACUGGUCUGAAAUAAAGCAUUUUGUUUUUUUUUUAUUUUACAGUACAUAUGACGCUAUUUUUGUGAACUAGUGGGCAAAUAGUAUUAUACUUUUCACAUCUCCUAUUCGGAAAGGAAACAUUCCUUCCCCGUUAAGAGGGAUCAAAGUGACACUUUUCUUCCCUCACCUGCUAGGAGACACUUUUCAGUUUUGGACACAAUUAUUUUCCAUAUUUUUGGAUAAAUAAUAUUUUGGAACAUAAUAAUUUCCUCAUAAAUGAUGUGAAAAACAGGAUUUAAGUAGGUUAUAAAGCUCAGAGGAUAAUCUUGCUGGCAUUAUUUGCCGUAAUAAGUCAAGUGGAUAGCGGUUGCGAGCUGCUCAAUUUGGGAGGACAACCAUGUAAAGGCGAAUUGACUUGCACAGAUGACUUCGGCUCCGCUAUCGCCUACGUAAGGGACUGGUCUUGCAGACGACAUGAAAACUACGACGACUACUACAACGGUACCGAAGACAUGUUACCUAUAUAAUUAGAACCGAUGAAGACUACAAUCUAUACGUCAAAGCAGAAAAUAUCGACGGCACAAGUUCAUACGACGCCUACGGCGUUGUCAAUGAACUCAGGGACCAUAUCCUGACUUUAUCGAUCACCAACGGAAAAAUGAAUUCCGUCCCAUCAGCCGUUUAUAACGCACGUAAAGCGACAAAGAUCGAUCUGUCUAGUAAUACAAUAGAAUCCUUAAAAUUGGAAGCUUUUACAAAAAUUAGCGGUCUACAAUCGCUUAACUUGUCUUGUAAUCAGAUAUCAGACUUAGAAGUUGGUGAAAGAACGCCCGGCUCCGGAUUCAGCACGGUGCAGACAAUAGAUUUGAGCUACAACGCUAUCUCAUCCAUCCCCAAUAACUACUUCAGACAGUUUCCGGAUCUACUCCAUUUAGAUCUAUCUCAUAAUUACAUCAAAAGUUUCGAUAUACUAACUUUCGAAGGCAUAACCCAGCUCCAAAGAUUAUACGUUUCGGAUAAUGAAAUAACUAAAUUGGGUGUAGUUUUUGCAAGAUUUGAAUUUAUGAAGGAGUUGGUUUUAGAUCACAACUAUUUGACAUCAAUUGAGGAAAGCAAUUUUGACAAAAUGACCAAAUUAGAAAAACUUAAUAUAAGUUCUAAUAUUUUAGCUAGUAUUGGAGAUACAUCAUUUGACCAUUUAGUUGAAUUGAAGGAGUUGGAUUUGAGCAAUAACACAAUAAAUACAAUCACAAAGAAUAUAUUUCAGAACAACACUAACUUACAAUCAUUAGAUAUAUCAUCAAAUAGGAUUUCUAAAAUCGAACCCGGAGCAUUUGAAGGAAAGCGUAUUGAGGAUUUUAAAGUCCACAAUAAUCCAAUUACUGGUGCUUUGAUCAAAAACACCUUUCAAGGCAUUUGUGUCGACAAACUAGACUUGAGCAGCGCUAAUGUUACUGAGCUAGGUCCGGAAUUAUUUGAGGGGCAAUUUCAAUCUUUAAAUUUCAGUCGAAAUUCUAUAUCCAAAAUUCAUAAAUCAAGCUUUUCCAAACUUGAAUCCUUGACAGAACUGGACCUCUCUUUUAACCAUUUACAAGACAUAGAAUUUGACACUUCUAAUCUAAACAAUCUCUCCUUCUUCUAUCUCAAUAAUAAUAACAUUAAGACAGUUACAAAGGAUACGUUUAAAUCUCUAACUUCAUUGAAAGUUGUCGAUUUAUCUAAUAACGCAAUUGAAAAUAUUGAGAUACUAUCUUUCCAAAAUUUAAAGCAGCUCGAAACGUUGAAUUUAAAUAAUAAUCCUCUCUUUGAUGUUAUCCCACCACAAAUGUUCAGUGGACUAACUUUAACCACAGAGCUUGAUUUUACUAAUUCCAAAAUAAAAACAAUUCAAAAUAACGCUUUCAAUGGAAUGGAGUCCUUGAAAACGUUUAAUUCUACGAACAGUAAGAUAUCAGUGCUAGAAGUUAAUACAUUCAAUGGCACUGGAUCAAUUGAAAUUUUAGAUCUAUCUUACAACCAAAUACAAUCUUUUUCUAUAAAUAACGGGGAUAUACAACUUGUAAAAGAAUUAUAUUUACAAUACAAUAAACUUCAAAAUGUGACCGAUCAAACGUUUUCAGGACUGAACAAUUUAAGUUCAUUAACUUUGAAGGGAAAUGAUCUAGUUGACAUUGAGAAUGGGGCUUUUCGAGAUUUAAAUAAUCUCCUAAAACUUGACUUAUCUGGUAACAAAGACUUAGUGUUUAAUUCAUCAAUAUUUUCGAAUUUGAAAUCACUUUCUGUAGUCCUACUUGCUCAUGUGACGUCAAGAUUUAGUUUUGAUAAUGUUAUAAAUACUACAAUCACAAACUUGGAUUUGUCUUUUUGCGAUAUAUCAGAUAUCAAUGCAGUUAAAGUUUACCAGAUUACGACUCUCGAACGGUUGAAUUUAGCUUCAAAUAAGAUAAGAACAGUUGACAAAACCUCGUUCCAAAACUUACGUGAUCUUUCAUGGAUCGAUCUCAGUAAUAAUAAGCUUUACAGUAUCCAACCAGGGUCUUUCAGCGAUAAUGAAGACCUGAGCAUCCUAAAUUUAACUAAUAACUUCUUAUCUUCGCUAAAGUUUGGUGUCUUCGAUGGUCUAGUGAAUUUAAACACUCUUGACUUGUCAAGUAACACUUUGCAUAGUUUUAGCGCGAACAUAUUUCACAACACACCUCUUUUGCGAGUAGUUCAUCUUGACAAUAAUCUAAUAGACGAUGUGGAUUUCGUAGAGUUUACUAAAGCAAAUAUUAGAGAACUUUACAUAGGGGGCAACCCUGUAUCUUGUAGUAGAUUAACUGAAUGGAAAAAGGAUAACGAUGUCCCCAUCGAUGUCCACAUACUGCGAAUUAAUGCGAAAAAUAAAAUAUACAAUAGAGAGAAUGUUGAUGGUAUAACUUGUAAAAGUAAGAGUCAAAUUACCAAUUUUGAUCAGAACAAUAGUAACGACUCUGCUCUUGCAGCUAUGUUGUCUAACUCUUUGGAAGAGUUUAGAGUGACAGUUGAAAGGUUUUUGAACCGUAACGAUUCUAAAAUAGAUACUGACUCAGUAGGCCUCCAGAAAGUGUCUGCUUCAAUCGAACAGUUUCUGGAAGUAUUCAACAAAAGUGAAACUAAAAAUAACGCUUUCCUUGAAAAACUAAUGAAUAUCAAUAAUAACACUAACAGGGUUUUAGAAAACAUGCAGGAAUAUAUAAAACUUCGUAAUGUUGUAGCAGUCAAUUCUCAAACUGAAAAGUCGUCAGUAAGCAAUGAUGAAAUAGAGAGAACAAUAAUUGCAAUGUUAUCUAAAGAAAAGCAAUCUAUGAAAACUGAAAUGAAGAAUAUGUUUGAUGAUUGGAAAUCGAAUAACGCUGUAAAUAGUAAAUUGGAAGCUCCGUCUGGUGACGGUGGUUCGAGUGAUUUGAGAUCUGCAUUAUAUUUCAUAGCAACGUGCCUUGUGGUACUCCUUGGUCUACUAGUUUUAAGUUUGUUAUAUGCAUUCUUUAAGUUACGAAAUAAACAUGCCUAUAGUAAUCAUUUGUCGCACAGCAGACAACCAAUAUCCAAUGUGAUGGAAAUGGAAUAAUUUCAAAACACAAAUUGUCGAGUUGUGUCUAUUUUUGAUGUGAUUGUGAUGUGAUGUAACUACUUUAAGAGAAAGCAAAUUAAAAUGUUUUCAUAUGCUA